AUGGGAAUCGACGACACUUUCCCCUUCUUAUUAAAUUUAAAAUGGUUAAGAAAGAAUUAUCGUCGGAGAGGGGUUAUCCUGCUUUGGGUGAUUGGAAUUUUGGCAUUUUUGCUUUGUUGGGUAUUGCUAACUUUGUUAAUUUUGUUGGCACAAGAAGCUUUACUCGGCCCCGUUUUCUUAACAAAAUCCUCUUCCUCCUCUCUUUUAACAGUAGACCCAGAUUCUUAUGCUGGAAGGGGAGUUCAACUUUUGGUUGGGCACUUCAAUGGGAAUUUGCCGGCAGAGAGAAGGGCUAACUUAACUGAAGGUUUUUUGAGACUAUAAAUCUUGAAAAUAUUUAUAGACGAAUUAAAUAAAAAUAAUUAUUCGCCAAUUCCCGAAGCGGGUCAAAAUGGACACCCUGUGGAAUUGAGUCCGGAAGAGGAGAAAAGAGCAGAACAUACUUUUGGUAUUAAUCAGGUACUAAACUUUACAAAAAUUUCCCCCAAAAAACUUUUUUUACUUCUUCAAAUAAAUAAAUACAUUUCCAAUCAAAUAAAAAUAGGAUUCAAUAAAUAAAUCAAAUUUUGUAUCAAUAGUCGGUAUUUUGUUCAUGUCCC